AUGGCUAGACAAGGAAACACUGGAAAGCAAAACAAGGUUGUAGCUAAGAAGCAACAACAAGUAAGUGGCACCAAAACCACAAAAUCCAAAGGGGGACCAGUGAAGACAAUUAAAAAGGUCAGAUCUGGAAGUAGCCAAGAGGGGUUGAAGGUUGUAGGAGCCAAAGUGCUCUAUAAACUACCCCAGCGCUUUAUUUAUGGACCGAUAGUACUUGGGGAGAAGCUGGAAACUUCAACCACCCAAUGCAGAAUGGAACUAGGCAUGCCUACUCCGGACGGCAAACAAGUAUGGAAAAUAAAUAAGGAGUUAUUCAUUGAAGUUGCGUUCAAGGAUAACGUCGCGGUUUUAGAGCGCUAUAAGCAACAAAGCUUUAGCAAAAUUUCUCCAGCCACCAUUAAAUGGCUGAGUGGUGCGAGAAAAGUGACGUCCAACAUAUGUGCACGUGUUAAUACUGUAACAGAUGCUCUGGAAACGGGCAUAUUAGCUCUAAAACAUGGUGCAGAGUGGUCUAACGAGGAGCUUACAAAGCUCCUUAUCUCGGUGAAGAAUGACCUAUCUCAGGUAAUCGUGCAGAAUAGGAGAGAAUCCAUUCUGGCAAAACUCGAUGAAAUGAGAGAAGAAGUUCUGAAGCGAGAGCCUCAGUACAUGUCAGAUGAAUUAGCAGAUAAGAUGAGUAAUCUGGUCACACGUAUGGAAGAAUAA